UUAAAACAUUUGUACAAAAAACAAACAUACAAAUUCGAAUUAACCAAAAAUACCUCAAACAAAACCUUUUUUUUUUGUGCGAAUAUUUAUUACAACGUGCGAGUGACAACAAUGUAUCAAGACGAAGAAAAUGUAUCAGUUUUCUUAAAUUCAUCAGCAAAUAUGGUCAAUCCAGAUGAUCUAAUGGAUUGUGAUAUAAAGAAAUCAAAGAAAAUUAUGCAUCAACGUGCUGGUGAUAUUGAAGAGGAUGCAUGUGAUAUACGUGGAGGAUGGUCGAAUAAAUUAGAUUUUUUAUUCUCUUGUAUUAGUUUAUCGGUGGGAUUAGGAAAUGUUUGGCGUUUUCCAUAUUUAUGUUAUAAAAAUGGAGGUGGUGCAUUUUUGAUCAUUUAUGGAAUAGCAAUGAUAUUUUGCGGUAUUCCAAUCUUUUAUCAAGAAGUUGCAAUUGGACAAUAUGUUGGUGAAGGUGGUAUGUCAUUGACGGGUCAAUUGUGCCCUUUGGCAUUGGGUGUCGGCUAUGCUACAAUGACAUUAGUAUUUUUGUUAAAUAUUUAUUAUUGUGUUAUUAUUGCAUGGACAUUAUUUUACUUGAUCAGCACUUUUUCUCGAAUACCUGAAUUACCAUGGGGUUCAUGCAAUAAUGAGUGGAAUACCGAACUCUGUUAUGUGCCUGAUUAUAGUCGCAAUGAAACUGAUAUACCAGAAAUACUAAAUUUUACAUCAACGAGGAAUCUGACUAUUCAAGUGACUCUCACUACAUCACCAGUUUCAGAAUUUUGGGAUCGUAAAGUUUUAGGAAUUUCGGAAGGUUUAAAUGAUUUAGGCAGUAUUAAAUUGGAUCUCUUAUUAUAUUUGUUCCUUGGCUGGAUCUUAGUUUAUUUUAUAAUUCGACGAGGUCUCCAUCAAAGUGGAAAGAUUAUAUGGUUUACAGCAUUAUUUCCAUAUGUGAUAUUAAUAACAUUAUUUAUACGCUCUCUAAUGUUGGAUGGUGCAUUUGAAGGACUUAAAGCAUAUUUUACACCACGAUGGGAAACACUUUUACAAGCUGGACCUUGGUUAGAUGGAGCAACCCAAAUAUUCUUUGCAUAUAGUAGUGGAACCGGUGCAUUGCAAGCUUUAGGAUCGUACAAUAAUUUCCACCACAAUUCUUACAAAGAUGCCAUAAUUACCACAAGUGUAAACACCUUAACAAGUCUAUUAGCUGGUGGAUUAACAUUUACAAUUUUGGGUCAUUUAGCAUUUUUACAAAAUACAAGUGUUGAAAAUGUUGUAACCAGUGGUCCAGGCUUAGUGUUUUUAACUUAUCCUGCUGUUAUGGAAACAUUACCAGAAAGUUUCUUGUGGGCAGCAAUAUUUUUUAUUAUGUUUGCAAUAUUGGGUAUAGACAGUUUAUUUUGUUUGGUUGAAUCGGUAAUUACUGGUAUGGUUGAUAUGUGGCCAAAAAUUUUACGUCCAAAAAGAACUCUAUUUACAAUUGGAAUUUGUACAGUCAUGUUUUUAUUGGGCAUACCAAUGACAACACAUGGUGGAAUUUAUAUUUUUCAACUGAUGGAUUACUAUUCAGCAAGUGGUAUUUCUCUGUUAUGGAUAUGUUUCUUUGAAAGUAUAUCAAUUUCAUGGAUAUUUGGCGUUGACAAUUUUUCACAAUGUAUUAGUGAAAUGACUGGCAAACGGCCUGGAUUAUUUUUACGUUUGUGCUGGAAAUAUUUUGCUCCAUUUGUUAUGGUUGUGAUUUUUAUUUGCGAAGUUGUUGAAUUCAGUCCAUUGAAAUAUGGUGAUUAUGAAUACCCAUGGUGGGGAACAUUAACUGGUUUACUAUUAAGUGCUGCAUCAAUGAUUUGGAUUCCUGGUUAUGCUAUUUAUUAUUUAUUAACGAGACCAGGCACUUUAAAAGAGAAUGCAAUUGCAGGUUUAACACCAAAUGUAGUUCGUAGAUUUAUUUCUCAAGAAUGUGAUUAAUGCAUGUAAUAGUGUAAUAAUAAUAUAUGCAUAGUUUAUUUACCUUUGCCAUAAAAAGUAUUACUA